AUGAUAAGACAAAAGAACUUUAUGGAUGUCGCGUUAUACGAGAUGGCACUAAAGAUAUUCGAGCAAGAGUUGGAGCUUGUUGGUAGGGAGCUGGUCGACCGUGGGGUUGCCCUCUAUAGAGACCCCCUUAACGCCAUGGUUCUAGGUAAUGAAUGA